UCACCGCUUAACAUUGGAAGAAAAGCUGCCUCACUCAACAAGACGGACUCCGCUGCGAGGAGAGAACAGAUUUGCAAACUUUGACUCCCCGGGAAAACGCGACUUCCAAGAUGCCUCGCUCAUUCCUUGUCAAGAAAUACUUUACCAACAAAAAGCCAUGCUACAGAGAGAGUCACCUGGACAGCCAAGCGGCUUAUAUUCCUGAAAGCUUUCCACGUGCUGAGCUUCCAACUCAAGACUCUUCUGUCCUGACCUGCUAUCCAGUCACCUCCUUUUUUAACAACAUGGACAGUCUCCCUUUGCCGCUUUCCCCUGUCACCCCAGUGUCUCCCUCCCUUUCCCCUUCUCCACUGGGUCCCGUGGAUCUCAGCAGUUCUCCAUCCUGCAGCAGUGGUGAUGAAGAGGAUGAUGGGGGUCGCACGUCAGACCCUCCAAGCCCUGAUACCCUCCACCCCAUGUACCACUGCAUGUACUGCAGCAAGAGCUACAACAGCCUCUCUGCACUUUCUCACCAUCAGAUGUCCCAGCACCAAUCGUCCCAAUGCAGCCCUCUGCCACAUGCUCCCUCUCUGUCCCAGGAGGCCUUGGCACGGCCAACUUUCCACUGCAAACACUGCUCUAAGGAAUAUACUAGCCUAGGUGCUCUGAAGAUGCACAUUCGCUCACACACACUCCCAUGUGUUUGUCCUACUUGUGGAAAGGCGUUCUCUAGACCGUGGCUGCUUCGAGGUCACAUCCGCACUCACACAGGAGAGCGUCCAUUUGCCUGCCAGCAUUGUAACCGGGCGUUUGCUGACCGCUCUAACCUCCGUGCUCAUCUCCAAACUCACUCUGAGGUGAAGAAGUACCAGUGUGGCUCCUGUUCUCGGACCUUCAGCCGCAUGUCCCUCCUGCACAAACACAAUGCGUCAGGAUGCUGUUUAUCACACUGAAGGGACUGUACAUUCCUUGCACUCAGGAGCGAGACGACAUAAGUCUACCCAUUUUAUAAACUAUCUUGGAUCACAGUCCAGUCAUUUCUUAAGCCAUUCAUCAAUUCCAUAAGUGCCUUUUUGAAAUUGGCCAUUCUGGUCAGUGAGAAGUGUGAUUGAUUUAUGGGCAGCUAAAGACAUGCAGUUAAUUCCUCUGAAACCCGCCUGGUGCCGGCUGGUCCGGGACCCCUAGCCAAGCUGCAGCUGCUGGGGUGUGUUUAGUGUGCACGGGGCUUGUCAUUCCUCACCAUGCGAUACAUACAUGGCAAGUGUAUAUGGGCAACUGUGUGUUGGGACAGCUGCCUGAGCACUGUGGACUGUGGAGGUGGGGUGCUGAUAGACAGGUUAGCGUUGACCUCAGCAACAGGAUCCAACCUACACAUGAUGCAAAACUACACUCCCCAGUCUUUUCUUCUGGAUAUUGACCAAAUAUCAUUGUG